CGUUGUUCUACCAACAGUCAACGACGGCCUAUCUGCAACGGCUUUCUAUGUAGACAUGGUCUUCUAGGGAUGGAGGGAAUCCGAUUGAUCAACCUCAGUUUAUCCGGCUCUUUUAUAAAACGGACAUAUGAGAUUCCUGUUCAUCACCGUCAUAUAUUUCCCAUCUACCGGUUAAUAUGACGAGGCCAUCCUUCUUACCUUGCUUGCGUCUCGCAAUUAUCCGUCUACAGGCUACUAUAUGCCGAAGUACGGACUAUUGCGUGCUCAUCGGCCGCAAGUACACGUUCAUUGGAUUUUUGUACCCAUAAUACUACCGCAAUGAAGGGGGCAUCGCUCCUAUCCACUCUGGCUGCGGCUAGCCUCGCUCUCGGGCAGUCCGCGCCCGCGACUGUCCCGACUAUCCUUGGUAUCCGCGGGGCUAAUUCAGCGGGCUGCUUCUCGGCGACGAGUAUGAGUCUCUCACUGAAAGCCGACAGUUUGAAAUUCGACUUUGUGGAUAUGAGGGCCAGUGUCACCCCAGCUGCCCCGUACGACUCAGAAGCCGCGAUAUGUGUAAUGUCCGUCGAAUUAGGUGCUUUCCCGCAAGGAUGGCGCUUCGCCUUCUCGGACGUCUCGUAUACAGGAUACGCAAAGCUUGCGGGAGGUGCACGGGUUCGGAGCUUCGCGGCCAACGCGUACUUCCAGUGGGAGCAUCUAAAGAACAAUGGGGCGAUUGAUCAGCCGACUAUCAAAAACGCAUCCGGCUCUUAUUUGUUGGACGUCCCGGAGAAGAUCGUAGACUUUGGCGCUACGGGCGCUUAUGAUAAAGACUUCAAAGUCGACAUCAGAAACGACAAACUGACUUGGUCGCCCUGUUUUACCGGCCAGGAAUACACGUACGACGAUAAUAUGCAGGUGCAGUUCCAGUUCCAGGCCUAUUUAACCAAGGAAGGUUAUUCGAAAACUGGAAGUGGCGUUUUUGGUCGUCCCGUUGGCUCUGCUCUAACGGCAGACUUCAAAGUUGUUUGGGAGCAGUGCGAUCCGGCGCAGAGAAACUCUUGGGGCCAAUUUCGAAUGGGCGACUACGAGUCUUGCGAGCGUAUUGGUCCGGCCGAUAGUUCUGAUGGACAGCCUACCGUAAGGUGGUGAUAGGGUCCGGAAGCUCACCCCCCUUUUUGCGUCGGUUACGAUCGCGUGGCACGAGAGUAUGUUAAUAGACAAAUUCGCCAUGUCUAUUUAUAGACGGAUAUAAUAUGAUAC